AUGGGCAGACUAGACGGCAAAGUCGCCAUCGUAACUGGUGGCGGCUCAGGUUUCGGCGCUGGUAUUUCAAAAGGAAUGGCCUCCGAAGGAGCCAAAGUCCUUGUCUGCGACAUCAAUCAAUCUGGUGGCGAAGCAACUGCAGCAACAAAUCCCUCCUCCCUUGCUUUUCACCAAAUGGAUGUUACCAAAACCUCAGACUGGAAAGCCACCAUCUCAACCUGUAUCGAGAAAUUUGGCCGCUGUGAUAUUCUCGUGAACAACGCAGGUUGGAGUUAUACUAACAAACCUACCACGACUGUCACUGAAGAUGAAUUCGAAAAGGUCUUUGACGUCAACGUUAAAGGUGUAUAUCUGGGCUGCAAUGCUUGGGUAGAUCAAGCUAUUGAGCGCAAAGAAGGAGGUGUGAUCAUCAAUAUUGCCAGUGUUGGGGCUACGCGGCCAAGACCAGGAUUGGUGUGGUACAAUGCGAGUAAAGGCGCGAUAUGGAACGCGACAAAAGGACUUGCAGCAGAAUACGGUCCACAUCAGAUCCGCGUCGUAUCCAUUUGCCCGCUCGUUACAGCUACAGGUCUCUUCUCGAGUUUUACCGGAAUGGAAGAUACGCCGGAAAACAGGACGAAGUUCACGUCUAAUGUACCUAUGGGCAGGAUUGGGGAAGUAGAUGAUGUGGUGAAUGCGUGUAUAUUCAUGGCAAGUAAGGAGGCAGGGUUCAUCACUGGGGUCAAUCUCGAAGUGGAUGGUGGGCGGUGUAUCUAA